GCUGAACAGGGACAGACUCGAUCCCACUCGGGUCGACGCGCGGAUCGAGAGCGAAGAUCCCGCCGCGAAGAAGUCCAGGAUCGACAUGGUGUCGCGCAUCCGGACCUUUCCGAACAGGCUGCAGCCGGAGCCGAGCCGCGCGCGGGCGCGGAGGGACAGACUGGAUCCGAGUUCCAAGUGGUUCAAAAUCGACAUGCUGCUUCCCAUCCGCACCUGGCUGAAGAUGCUCACAGCGGAUCCGUACCGCUGGAAGCCGCGCAGGGAGAGGGACGAGCCGGCCAAAAUCGUGUCGAACGUGCUCAUCAUGGAGCCCAUGCGGAACUUGCCGUAGAUGGAGACGGACGAGCCAACGCGAGCGUAGCAGCGCAGCGACAAACUAGACCCGCACGUCAUGUAGUUCAGGAUCGACAGGCUGGAACCGUAUCGCACGCAGUCGUAGAUCGACAUGCCGGAGCCGAGGCGGACCCAGCUGCGGACGGACAGCAACGUCAGGUUCGUCUGCUCCUGGGAAGAAACCGUCGAGCCAAACUUCACGUAGCCCGCGACGGAGAGCGUCGAUCCGAGCCGGCUGUAGGACCGAAUCGACAACGCCGAUCCGAGUUGCACGAACUGCAACACCGAGAAGUUGCUCGCCGCGCGAAACAUGCCGUAAAUCGAGAAGCUGCUGCCCAACCGAGCCAUCGACCGCAUGGACACGCAGCUGCCGAGGCAGGCGUAGUCCAGGACAGACAAGCUGGACCCGAACGUGACCUGGUUGAUCACGGAAAAAUUACUCCCGCACCGCCCGAACGCACGGAGGGACAAGGUCGAUCCCGCGAUCGCAAAGUUCAGCACGGACAGGUUGCUGCCGAGGUUUGUGUAGCUGAAGAUGCUGAAGUUGGAACCAAGUCUGCUCGCGCCACGGCAGGACAAGGCGGAUCCCAUGAACAUGGCCUGGCAAACGGACAACGUCGAUCCGAACCGCACCUGGCUGAACAGAGACAGCAUGCUGCCGCAGCAAGUCGUCGACCGGAUGCUCAUCGUGCUGCCCAGCUCGAAGAAGUCCAGGACGGACACCGAACCGGCGGCCGCGCGGCUGAAGAUGCUGAAAGAGGAUCCCAUGCGGCUGAAGCCGCGCAGGCUGAAGCUGGAACCGAUCGCGACGAAGUCCAGAACCGACAAGGUUGAGCCCAACCUGGAAGUUCCGUAG